AUGACAUAUCAUGAAUUAAUUAGCUGGGCUGUUUACGCAUUUGCUGAGCUUGGUAUAGCGGAUCGACUUAUUCAUGCAGCGAUGGACAAUGGUUUUACUGUUGAAGAGAUUAUUGGUGAUGAUCGACCUAAAUGGAAUAGUCAAUUGCUUUAUCGCAUACUUCGUACAUGUGUUUACGGCGGUCUUGUCGAAUCCAUUAAUGAUGACAAGCAUUUUAUUCUUACGCAAUCCGGGAAGAUGAUGACGUCAGAUCAUCCGUCACAUGUUCGGGAUCAUAUUCGUUGGAGUUUCGGACCAAUAUUCACUGGUGCUUGUUUGCAAUUGUCCGAUAUUGUGCGUGGUGAAGGUAUAGGUACUGGAAUAGCUCGUAUCUCAAAUGGUCUCGAUUUUUACACGCUUAUGGCUCAACCUGAUCAAAAAGAGCUGUUGUCUAUGUUUAGUGGGUCUAUGACAACAUUCUCAACGCAAACGGGCUCUCAAUUGGUGACAGGGGUAAAUUUCUCUCUUUUCAACACCAUAGUCGACGUUGGUGGUAGUCGUGGAACACUGUUAGCUCAAAUUCUCGAAAAUUAUCCAACAAUUCAACAAGGAAUCGUCUUCGAUUUGCCACAUAUUGUUAAUCAAUUUGAAAAUGGUGAAGAGUUCGAAUUACGUAAAAUACAUAAAGACAGAUGGAGUUUUGUUGCUGGCGAUAUGAAUGACUCGUCAACAAUUCCACUAGCAGAUGCCUAUGUACUAAAACAUAUUUUGCACGAUUUCAAUGAUAGUAAAUGUGUGGAAAUUUUAUCAUCGAUUCGUAAAGCAAAUAAAAGUCGAAAAGGUCUAACAACAACUGUAUUUAUUAUUGAACAUAUAAUUUUACCGGAUGGAGCUUUAAGCAAUUGGCAAUCACAUGCAUUCGAUAUAGGAAUGGCCGUUUUGUUUGAUAAUGCUCAUGAACGAACACAAGAUGAAUAUGAAGAAUUGCUCAAGAAAUCCGGAUUUGAAAUGAAAAAAUUAUAUCCAAUUCAGGCACCAAAUUCAAUUAUCGAAGCUGUAGUUGUUGAUUAA